AUGCAUCCCGUCGUCGCAAACCCUUCUGCGCAGGGAGUGUUCAUCGGGGCACGCCGUCGCUCGUCGAACAACGGCUGCUGCUCUUCGUCCUCCUCCUCCUCCUUUUCCUCCUCGUUCUCUUUCCAACAAAGUCGUUCUAUUUCCUUUUCCCCGCGAGAGAAAAAGAAGCGAAACGUCACCCAAAACGCCACCGCGGGGAACGACAACAAAAGCGACGAUUCAGACGUAAACGACAAACCGUUAGACGCGUUCCUCCUUGGCAAAGCACUCGCGGAAACCGUUUUAGAGAGAACGGCGACGGAAGUGGUCAAUUUUAUCUCCGACGCGACAAAUUUACCGACGAAAAUAGAAGACGAGAUGGAACAACUCAAACGAGAGGUGGAGAAGAGAGCGAAAGAGGACGCCGGACGCGGCGUUUGA